AUACUUCCUGUAUUUACUUCCUGGUUAGCCCUCGCUCAUUUACAUUUCGUUAAACACAAUAAAGCGCUUCCCUUUUCCAAAACAAUGCAUAUGAAAAUGUCACAUUCGUGUUAUACAUAAUGGCAGAGCGUAAGAGAAAGACGCCGUCACGGAAUGGUGACCAAAAAGCAAAUAAACGCUCACGUGAUUGUGAAGAAACGAAACGGAAUGAGACGGCGCACAGUGUUUACUUCAAUGGUAGUCAAACUACUGACCUGCCAAGGAGGCUGGGAGAGGAUUUCUUCACACAACCUUGCGUCGCUUUGGCCAAAGCUUUUCUCGGCAAGGUCCUGGUGCGGCGUUGCGAGGAUGGCACUGAGCUGAGAGGCCGCGUUGUGGAGACGGAGGCGUACUUGGGGGGAGAAGACAAGGCGUCACACUCGGCAGGCGGCAAGCGCACAGAGAGAAACACCGCCAUGUUCAUGAAGCCCGGCACCAUUUACGUGUACCCCAUCUAUGGCAUCUACCUCUGCAUGAACGUGUCUAGUCAAGGCGACGGUGCGGCCGUGCUGCUGCGUUCGCUGGAGCCGCUGCAGGGCCAUGCCGUCAUGAGGCAGCUAAGGGCCGCCAAACGCAAAAACGGAGCCCGGCCUCUCAAGGACAAGGAGUUGUGCAACGGCCCCUCUAAGCUGUGCCAGGCUUUGGAUGUCCCGCGCUGCUUUGACCGCCGGGAUCUAGCUUCUGACCCGGAGGUGUGGCUGGAGGAUGUGGAUCCCGCCAUGGGAGACGCCCGCCACGAUAUCGUGGUGGAGGCGCCGCGCAUUGGCAUCGAGUCCCAUGGGGAAUGGGCCAAGAAGCCUCUGCGGUUUUACCUCCAAGGGAACGCUUGUGUUAGCGUGCUGGACAAAGCGGCUGAAAGACAAGAAAAUGCCCUUUGAAACUAUGUAACCAUACAUAAAUGGAUAAAAGUAUUGAGACACAGA